AUGUACGGCGAUGGAGAGGGCACUGUGUGGGACCGGGUCGGACGGCCCCACCGGGACUGCAUGUGCUACCUUGGACCUCCUACUACUUUGAUGCCGAUCGGGAUGCGCAAGUCGCCCGACGUGAGCCCCAGAAGGCUUUCGGACAUCAGCCCUCAGCUCAGACAGCUCAAGUACCUGGUGGUGGACGAGGCCAUCAAAGAGGACCUCAAGUCCUCCCGCUCAGUUGAGGACAUCAACAGCGCAUCCAUAGAGGAGCGGAUACUGCGGAUCACCGGCUACUAUGGAUAUCAGCCUUGGAGCGCGAGCUACAAGAGAGAAGACCGCACCAGGGAGAAUGUGGUGGGCACAACAGACGCACAGUCGGCUGGAGGUGCCGCAGGAGCAGAGUCCGGCUCCAGCAGACGGAGGCUCCACUGCUGCAUCAGGGUAACAACUGUACAGGUGCGGAAGGCCCUGUGGGGGGUCGUCAUGGUGAUGUGCGUGUGCUCAUCCUGGGCAGGCUCCACCCAGCUGGCCAAGCUGACCUUUAAGCAGUUCGACGCCCCCUUCACCCUCACCUGGUUCGCCACCACCUGGAACUGCCUCUUCUUUCCCCUCUAUUACAUCGGCCACCUGUGCAAGAGUCCAGAGAGGCAGACGCCCAGACAGAGAUUCAGGGAGUGCUGUAGGUUUUUCGGGGACGACGGGCUGACCCCCAAGGUGUUUUUCACCAAGGUGGCUCCGUUUGGCCUGCUGUGGAUCCUCACCAACUACCUGUACCUGCAGGCCCUCAGGAAGAUCAACACAACAGACGUGUCGGCGCUCUUCUGUUGUAACAAGGCCUUCGUCUUCCUGCUCUCUUGGAUUGUACUCAGAGACCGCUUCAUGGGGGUCAGGAUAGUAGCUGCUAUCUUGGCCAUAGCAGGCAUUGUAAUGAUGACCUAUGCCGAUGGUUUCCACAGCCACUCAGUCAUCGGCAUCACUUUGGUCGUGGCCUCGGCUUCGAUGUCGGCGCUCUACAAGGUGCUCUUCAAGAUGGUCCUGGGCAGUGCCAAAUUUGGAGAGGCUGCACUCUUUCUCAGCAUAGUUGGAAGUGCCAACUUUGUUUUCAUCAGCUUUGUGCCAGUCAUCUUGUAUUUUACACACGUGGAGUACAUUGGCUCACCUGCAGACAUCCCCUGGGCCUACCUCUGUGGGGUUGCAGGCCUGCUUUUUGCUUUCAACGUCCUGGUGAACUUUGGCAUCGCGAUAACAUACCCGACAUUAAUCUCACUUGGCAUCGUCCUAAGUGUUCCUGUAAAUGCCAUGGUGGACCUCUACACAUGUGAAAUUCAUUUCAACACAGUGCGCCUCAUCGCUGUGUUCAUCAUUUGCCUGGGCUUCCUCAUGCUGCUGUUACCGGAGGACUGGGACCAGUGUAUCAUCCAGCUCAGCACCAGGCUGCGCAAACGUGACGAGCCGGCAGAGGGCAACGGAGAGGCGGGCGCCACCACGGGGCUCAACUGGAGAGGGAGAGCCAGGACCUCCAUGUCAACAUUUGCACACUGA